AUGUCUCCAUCAACACUUCCCAACUGUACACCAAUUCGCGACAUAUUGGAUGGCAAAGUUCAAGCCGGUGCGUUGGUCAUCGUAGUCGGCAUCGUUGUGGAAUUCAAAGUUCCAGUUCCUACAAGAGGGAGUGAUUGGAAAUGCGAAAUCAAACUUUACGAUUCUUCAAUUCAAGAUGACGACUCGAUCGCUUUCAACAUUUUUCGCAAAAAAGGACAGUUUCCAAAGGUAGAUGGUGGUGAUGUUGUGCUGGUCCAGAAAGUCCAACAAAGAGGGUCAGAAUGGUCUUUGUUGACCAGCUUCCCCACCAGCAUUUCGGUGUAUGAAGCUUCCAAGAUCCCUAAACCUCCUGGCGAAGCUUCAUGCGCAUUGUAUCCUACCAGCUACCCCAAGGAUACCCCCCCAAACGGGCAAGAGAAUGCUUUUGUUUCUCAGAUGUAUCACGCCAUUAACCUAGAUCGGGUUCCAGCUCAAGAUGAGUUUGAGGUUAUGAUCGCUGCUUCUGCAAAUGUCAAGGAGAAAUUCAGCCUACUUAAAGAUGUCAGAGAAGGGCAGUUCUGCGACAUAGUAGCCCAGAUUGUGAAGCCACCCUAUGAUUCAGGUGGCGUAGUAACUUUGUGGGUUUCCGACUAUACAGAAAAUCCGUCGUUUUUCAACCAUUCCAUCGGUGCAGGUGGCGCUUCGCUUGGGCGAGAUGGCGACCCGUACGGCUAUACCGACAAGUUUACAACAGCCGCCAAAACGAAUGAUUGGCCAGGGCCUUACGGCAAGAGAUCCAUACAAAUCAGUUGCUGGGAACCUCAUGCUGGCGUUAUUCGUAACCAAAACAUAGAUAUCGGGUCAUGGGUCGACGCAAGGAAUUUGCAGAUCAAGACAGGCAGAAAUGACAACAAUUUGGAAGGUUUCCUCAGGGAAGAUCGUGAUGCUUCCAGUUCCAAGCUUGGCUUGCAGAAGGUGGACUUGAAAGUUGAUCCCGAGUAUGUUAACCCUCGUGCAAAGGCGGCAUUGGAGAGAAAGAGGGAAUACGAACGCCUGAGAAACAAGCAGCUCAAGGACAUAAGCGAGGCCAGCAAAGCAGGAGAAAAGCGUAAGAAAGGCAUGGAAACGAGCAAGGAGGUGAAGAAAGAGAAUGCAAGAGCGAGGCGUAAAGCCAAACGUAAAAGGGAAGCCGACAGGCAAGACCAAGACGAUGACCAAGCAGAAGAGGAUGCAACUCAGAUCGCGGACCUGAACACACGAGUGAAAUGUGAGAACCAAGGGAAGGCGCCUAGUCGACUUUCGGAAAUAACUAGCAUCGUGUAUCAUGAAACGACCAUCGAAGGAGAAAGCGUAAAGGUCCCCCUGCCAUUUGUAAACUUAAACUACCGGGCCAAUGUUCGAGUUGUCGACUUCUCUCCACCAAACCUUGCAGAUUUCGCAUAUCCAAAGAAGGAGUCAGAAUACGACAUCCUCUCUGACGACGGUGAAGACUCUGUGUCCGAUGACGAUUCCGAAGAUGAUCAGCAGCUAAGCCAGAUGACGCUGGAUACUUUCGCUCGAGUACGGAAUUGGGAAUGGCGCUUCUUCUUGGAACUCGAAGACGCAGUUGAUAAUCACAAGCAGAAGAAGCAAAGGCUAUGGGUACUUGUGGAUAACCAAGCUGCUCAGUGCCUUACCGGUCUCGAUGCGUCAAACUUGAGACAAGACAAAGAGCUACUGUCUACGCUUCGCGACAAAUUGUUCACUCUUUGGGGAAACCUUGAAGAAAAGAAGACGGCCGCCCAGGAAGCAGUAAGAAAGGGAAACCCUCCAGCUGAUAGCGAUGACGAGAACGAACAAAAAACUGAGGGCAACGAGUCAAAGACGCAAUUGACAAAUCGAUCUUUUCCAUGCUGCAUACAACAAUAUGGCAUCAAAGUUACCGAACCAGACCCGUCCAAGGCCAGUGCAGGAGACGGGAAGCGGUGGCAGAGAAUGUUCCGCCUCUUUGGCACCAUGAUUGCAGGAGGAUAG